GCGCUGCUCGCGUUGUAAACAACGCUGCAGUCGCGACGUGCAUAUAAUUCUGAAAUGUUAAACAAAAUGUUUAGCGUGCUUUAAUCCAAAGGGGAAUACGCUGCGGCUUAUAAACAAUUGUGUACAUGUGCAUUUAUUUAUUAUGUUGAAAGGCUCGCUGAAAGUAUUGAUAGCAAUUGUGUUGAGUUUAAUGUUUACCAUCUCAUUGGUAAAGAUUGUUUUAUUGAUUUGGUCCUCGUAUCCAGACUGGCUGCAUCAUUACACGAGGCCCGAGCACCCAUCCAGCUUCACAGCCGACGAAUGGCUCGCAUACAAGCGGCUAUUCCGUGAUAAAGGGAUCUCAUCGUUGUCAAGCUCUGGUGAUCCAGAACGUCUGCCGGAGCUGCCGCCGGGUGACGAGCAGCGCCUGCAACGAGCUGCCCUCCAUUUGCAGCAGAAGCUAAUUCUGCGCGAAUGGCUGCGGGAGUAUCGCAUGCAGCAUCAUUACCAGCGUCUGUUGGCCGUUGAGGUGGCCUCGCUGGAGGACGUGUACUGGCUGGAGGAUUCGCGUGCCAGCAAAAUACUCGGCAAGGACUGGCAACUGUGGUCGACGGCGCGUCAAGGUCUGCCCACAUCGAAGGCACAGCUGGACGCUCUGAAGGCGCAGCUGUGGUCAACGGUGGUCAAGUCCAGUCAGCAUCAGGACGCCUGGACAUGGGGCGGCAUGCUGGUGGUGUCUGUUUCCGUAGCCGGUCUGGUCACACUUGCCGCCAUGACACAGCCCUCGCUGGCGCCCGAGGCGCGCCACUCGCUGCUCCAGUAUGUAACCGGAAAGUAUCUGCUGCCUGCCAACUGUAGGCUGCAGUGGGACUGGAAGGAUCCGGCCCGAGUGGGCGGCACCAUGUGCUUCAUAGUGCGCUUCUUCCAGCGCAACGGCCAGCCCUAUCCCAUCUGUGAUACCGACCAGUUCUUUGUGGAGGUCACCGAGGGUACACGCAAAGUGGUCACAAUCAGUGAGCUGGGCUCAUCCACAGAUCCCAACAAUGCCAACAUUGCCAAAGUCAAGUUUACGGUCCGCACCGCGGGUCAGUACAAGAUCUCAGUACUUAUCGGCGCCAGCCACAUCGCCGGCUCGCCCUUCGUACGCAACUUUCUGCCCGGCGCCAUCGAUCCGCGCAGAUCUCGGUUUAUCCGGCCGGCCAGCACGCUCAUCUGCUGCGCAAGUUCUCCGACCCUGAUGCAUAUCGAACCCAGGGACGAGUUCGGCAAUGCCUGCCUGUUCGAGCAGACCGACGAGGCGGUCCAGGGUUACCGAGUGGCCAUCUAUGAUCUGCACGGCGUAUCCGUCGAGAAGCUCCAGCACGCCAUUGCCUUCAGCUACGACCGCGUCAACUCGCGUGUCUCGGUGACGGCUCUCUUCCCGGAGCCCACGUGCCUGCGCGCCAUCAUCAGCUAUCGCGAUCAGCAGCUGCCCAACGGGGACUUUGAUAUAAUCGUGCUGAGCAGUAGCGACACAACGCUCGUCCACAAGAAUAUAGCCUCGCGGAAGCACAACAUUUGCUAUGAGGCGAAGCUGCUUAGCGUCUACGGAACGACGAGGAGCAAGCCGCGCAAGGUGAUGUGCUAUGUGGGACCGAAACAGGCUCAGAACUCGUUGAUCUUUCAGGUGACGAUCAAGGAAAUGAUACUGAAGUUCAUUCCCAAACGUAUUGCGACCUUUCGACUGUGUCCGUCGACCAAGUUCCACUUUCUACCCCAGCUGGUCAGUCAGCUGCAUGGGCCGGUCUUUAUCAUUGACGAUGGCGCGCAGCCGCGCAUUGAGCUGGCCUCAAAGGAUCGCAACAUAAUUGCAGCCACCUUUACGCACUUUCUGCUGAAGAACAUUGGCGGCUCCGAGACUUUUAAGGACAAACAGGAUUUCUUCUAUCACGAGGUGCGCAAAUUCCAUGCCAGCUACUAUCACGAGAAGAUGGCACUCAAGGUGCAUCGCGAAAAGAUUCUGGAGAGCAGCAUGAAGGCCACCAAGGGCUUCUCAGUGUCGGACUGGUGCGGCAACUUCGAGGUCACCUUCCAGGGAGAGCAGGGCAUCGACUGGGGCGGCCUGCGCCGCGAGUGGUUUGAGCUGGUUUGCAGCGCUCUGUUUGACUCGCGCAGCGGCCUCUUUUGUACAUUCCACGACAAGCACCAGGCGCUGGUGCAUCCCAAUCCCACGCGGCCCUCGCAUCUGAAGCUCAAGUACUUUGAGUUCGCCGGCAAAAUGGUCGGUAAAUGUCUCUUCGAGAGUGCCCUAGGCGGCAGUUACCGCCAACUGGUCCGCGCGCGGUUCAGUCGCUCGUUUCUGGCUCAGCUCAUUGGGCUAAGGGUGCACUACAAGUACUUUGAGCAGGACGAUCCGGAUUUGUAUCUGUCAAAGAUCAAGUACAUACUCGACACAGAUCUGGAUGACACGGACACCCUGGAGCUGUACUUCGUGGAAGACCUCUACGAUGCCAGCGGCCAGCUGAACAAGACCAUAGAACUAAUUCCAAAUGGUGCCAAGACUCGCGUGACGAACGCCACCAAAAAUCAAUAUCUAGACGCUUUGGCCCAGCAGCGUCUGUGCAAUAGCGUCAAGGAUGAAGUUGACAGUUUUCUAAAGGGCCUCAAUGCCAUUAUCCCGGACAACUUGUUAAGCAUUUUCGACGAAAACGAACUGGAGCUACUGAUGUGUGGCACUGGGGAGUAUUCCGUAAGCGACUUCAAGUCGCAUCACAUUGCCAAUGGAAACUCGGCCGAGUUCCGGCGCGUGCUCGCCUGGUUCUGGGCGGGCGUGAGUAACUUUAGCCAGACGGAAAUGGCGCGUCUGCUGCAGUUCACCACAGGCUGCUCCCAGCUGCCGCCCGGCGGCUUUCAGGAGCUUAAUCCCCAAUUCCAAAUAACUGCGGCGCCCACAUUUGGAAACCUGCCCACGGCACACACUUGCUUCAAUCAGCUCUGCCUGCCCGACUACGAGAGCUAUGAGCAAUUCGAGAAAUCGCUGCUCCUGGCCAUCAGCGAGGGCAGCGAGGGUUUCGGCAUGGUCUGAGCUGAGCUGAGUCAGCCCUGGAAUUGUUUUUACACUAUGUUCCUAUGCCUUGUGUGCCAUACGAGGGCUGGGUAAAAUUUCUACAAAUUUGAAAUUCUCUAAGCGCUUUCAAUGAUUUCCCUGUUCAAUAAUUGCACUUGUGCAAACUAAUGGAAGAAAAAAAUGUAAUCAUACAGCAAUAUUUAUUUAGAAUUCGCUCUAAAAGCAAAGCUCGUUGUGAAACGAGUCCAAAUGAAAAUGAAUAUAUAUCAUCAUCAAAGAGAAUGUGAUAAUUGAAUUAUAAACUAACGCAAGUUAAUCGUAAAUACUUUUUAGACUAUAAAAUAUUAAGCAAGCCAAUUGCUUAAAACAUUGAA